AUGACGACCACACCCCGCUCGGAAGACCGCCCAAUCAAGGCAGAUGAGACACUGACGGUAUCCUCUACGUCUUCGUCAGCUUCCGCAGCCCUCGCAAGGUCGUUGUUCAUCUAUGUCGGGUUCAUGUUCCGCCGACCGUCCAAGCUCUUCCGGCCAAGUAGAGUGGACACUUUCGGCGGACUUAGGCAGCUCGCUAUAGCGGCUGAUCAGAGUCUGUCGCCCAGCUUCAUCCGGACUCUACUGAGCAGUCGGAGCGGGAUAAUCGCUGUUCUAGUCACCCUCUUUCCACCUCUAGUGGUCAAUGCCACCCUGGGCUUUCUUCUCUUCACGUCGCACUCAUUUCUCGCGCUCGAGCUCGCCCGGCUGCCGUUCUUCCACCAUAAGAAGCUUGACGGCGAAGCGGACCCGGACUCGAACUCGGAAGGAGAGGAGGAGACGUUGUCCCUUCAGACUCUCCUGCAGGGUCCGACGGUCAUACCCCAGCAUGCGACCUUGUUGUCCAGUAUAGCUGGAGCAGGGGCGGGCGUUAUCCAAGGUCUGGCAUUCACACCAAUAGAGAAUGUCGUCCGCCUCCUCCGUGACUCCGCAACGUCCGCAACAGGCCUCCUGAUCCGCGUCCUCCGCCUUCCACUCCGCGCCGACUCGCCCCUCCACCUCGCUACUUCGGGCCAGACACCCAGCUCGCCCAUCCAGGCCGUCCGGAACUUUCUGUCGAGCGAUACUUGGCGGAAGAAUGCGGGGUGGUGGUCCGGCUGGAGAUGGACUGUCUGCCGAGAUGCCGUGAGCUAUGCCUGCUUCUUUGCCGCCUUUGACAUGUCCCGCCGACUCGGACUCCGCGUUAAAGCUUUCUUUGGCGGCGGUGGGAUCCAGCGGGACUGGAACAACUUCAUCUAUAUCGACAUGGGGUGCCCUGGAUCCGCGGGCGAGGCCGAGGUUGAGGCUGUCCAGGGGAAGAUGCGGACAUCGACACCGACAAUAGCGAGGGUGGCGCAGGCGGGAACGAUCGUGACGGGCGGAGUGAUCGCUUCAGUUGCGGCCGAGAUGGCAGGAAGGCCAUUCAAGGCGUGCCAGAUGAUCUUGCAGCACGCCCGGACUAGCCCUAGUCCUCAGGCGGCGAAGUACCCGAUCCUCCAUGUCCUUCGGUCCGAAGGCGUCCGGCCCUUCAUUCGCUCCACGCAUCCAGUGACUGCGCUGGACCCGUCCUUGGGCGUAUGGAGGCGCACGAUGAGGAGGGCGGUGAUCAGGAUGGCGGCUGUAGGACCAUGGGGAGCCGGAUUUCUGGCUUGGUCCUGGUUUGGCGGGGAGAUCUGA